CAGUUGUCGAGCUAAAAGUUGAUGAUGCAGACAUAUCGUCAUCUGCAGAAAGGUACAAGCUCCAUUUUGGAGCUCUCUGUUUAUAUUCUUCUCGUUGCAGAUUCUUAAGCUCUUCUUCCUUUUCCUUCAUCAAAACUCGUCCGUUGACUCUAUACACAAGCCUUUCCCAUCCUCCACCCCACCAAACAACUUCUUGCAUCAGCAUGCCUCGCUCUAUGGCUCCCCCUCCUUCCGGCGAGUUUCUCGUCAGACUCCAGAAGCCCUUCUCUGGCACUCCCACUCAUACCAUAGAUAUCACUGGUGAGCCCAACCGCUCUGCCAACAUCAAGCAGACCCACCACCACGGCAACACCAUUGAGGAGAAAGUUGGCACCAUGGCCUCCGACGAUGUCCAAGAAUUGAUGCGCCUCAUCUCUCAACUCCGUGGCUUCCCCUCGCACGAGUCCAAGGACGUCUACGGCACCGAUCAGGUCCUCGAGCUCCACACCCUGGAGAUCAAUUGGUGCAACCAGGAGAGUGACCCUGCCGCCAACGAGGUGUCAGAUCUCUCUGCCGAAUCCAAGCAGACCUUCAAGGACGUUGUCGACAGCAUCAACGCCGCUGCUCGUCAGUUCGCCAAGGCUGACAACCCUCUCUGAACGUAUCACGACUUGAUGCCAACAAUUUAUCAUGAACAAAAGGAUGUUAUGUCUGUAAUAUUAGCAGCGAACUAUACGAAACGAAAUUUAUCAUGUCCAUACCUUAGACUAUAUCUUGCCAAACCGAGCUCUGCAAGUGAAC